UGGAUAACUCUUGCAAUGUCUGAUGAGGGUUCCACUAUUCCUAAAUUUCAGAUAGUUCUUGCUGCCGGUAUACCCGUGGCUGCAUUAUGCAUAGGAGCUAUCGCGUACUAUCGUUGGAGAAAACGGCAUGUUUCACCGGUUUUUCAAGAAAGUUCAGCUUCAGCUUCAGCAGCUGCCACGGGCACAGAGAAAGAGAACAUACAAAACUCAUCGAGCCGGUCAGAGGUAACAGAUACUUCUACAGAAACACCAACUGCACCACAAGAACAUAUUAAAUCUUCAGACGAAGAAGCAGAAUCACGUGCGUACAGGUCUCCAGUUGUAAGAGCUCGUGAAUCAAAAGAGAAGGGAAACAAGCAUUUCAAGGAGGGACGCUACGAAAAAGCGAUUGAGUACUAUACGCAAGCAAUCAACUUCUCGCCUCCAUCGGAAAGGAGCGCUUUAGCAGUGUAUCAUCAUAACAGAGCGGCAGCAUAUGAUCAACUGAGUGCAAAAGCAAAUGGUGAUGAGAAGAAGAAAUUUCAGGAAAACAUUCUUGCAGACUGCUCUGAAGGUAUAUAUGUUGGUGAUGUUCAGAAUGUUCUUAUUUUGUCUUAGGCUACAUCAACAUCAACUUGAUUUGUUCUUCUAUUGCCGACUGUACACUGUUUUAGGGUCGAUCGUUCGGUUUGUAAAAAUACUUGCAAAUUUUGGGCCAUGACAAAUCUGUACUUGCUGGACAAUCAAGGUCUUAGCAACUGAUCUGCAGGAAGUCUUCGAAUGAAGCUGAUCAUUGAGACAGUUCACCACGCAAUCGAACACCAAAAAACCUUACUGCCCUGUUUUGUUGAGGGAUUAGUCCAAGCAAAUGCGGUAAAAGCCACAGUCGUGAU